UGAUUUUUCAGCGCUGUGGGUCUUUUUAACUCCCCGUAACCAUUUAAAGAUUUACAGUCUGAAUCAUUUUAGAUUUCUAAACCAACCAAGUUCGCAUCACUACUGUUUACAGAAGGGCUCUGUUCAAACCUAUAGGGAAACGUUCACAUUCACGGCGCCUCGACAGCUCGGACACGAAGCUCCCCGCUCCCGCUGACUGCUGACCACAAACACCAGGUUUUUCACAAAGGUGCUGUAGACAGUACGAUGCCGGAGGUGGCGGUGAGGCAGUGAGGCGAUGGGCUGCACCUCGGCCAAGCCGUUAUCAGCCGUACCCGGAGACGAGGAGGGGCGGGGCAAAGCUUACAGCAAUGGAGACGCCUUCUCCGAUGAGUACAAAAUGAAGGGAGUUGAGAAGGUGAAGUACGCGCAUGGAGAGGAGGAGCGAAUGAACACACGCAACCAGGAGAACAUGGACAAGAGCACAUUUUUGCACAAAGGCAAACACAAAGAUGUCAGUGGAAACACUAAUAAAAUAAGUAUCCACUCCUCAGAGAGCCAGCAGGAGUUCUUCAGGAUGCUGGAUGAGAAAAUCGAGAAGGGUCGGGACUACUGCUCUGAAGAGGAGGACGUCACAUAGCGCGGUUCUGCUCAGCUCGGCCCAGCGGAGAACCCGUCCUGCCCCGGAGUUCCUCACGUCGCUCCUUUCCUCGUUUUCCUGUCCCUCAGAGCAAGAGAAAACACCACACGCCAGACUGAACCCCGGAUUCUCUCCUGUUUACAUUUUUACCACGGUGGGGUUCACAGGUUAGCGCUCCAGUCUCGGCAAGGAAAGGAACUUCCGACGAGGUGAAAGGAACCAGGACACGGACCGGAUUUCCGACGGACUGUCCUUUAUCGCCCCUGCCUUACAGCUACCCCAGCCCAUAAGUAAGCCUUCUCCAGCUCGUAGACUCGAAAGGAAUCGGACUGAGCCAUCGCACAGACUGACCUGGACGUCUUUUCGUCCAGCUUUUUGAAGAAGACGUAGGGAUGGACGUUACGCUCCCUCUUAAAUGGCCACGUCUUCUGAGAACGAGAAUGAAAGUGUGAGAUUAGGAAAAGCCAUGUGAAGUGCUGCGCCCGUUCAGAGGGUCUGGUAAUGGAUCUUGAAGAGCAGAUGGACUCCAGCGGACUUUUCCUCACAUUCCAGGAGUCGUUUUGUUUUUUUAUAUGUUGGCAAAGUAUUUUUGUUUAAUUUUGGAUUUUGUUAUACAAGCGUUUUUGUUUUUUUGUUUUUUUUACUUUUUUCACAACAUUUUUUUAUUUUUAAGUGUAACACUGCUCAGGACUGUAGUGCUGUUAUUUCUGACUGUUAGGGGGCGACGCACUUGGUUAGUUUCUUUUUAGGACUCGAGGGGAUGCUCUCGUGGAUUUCGGCAUAGCUGAACGACCGAUGGAUGGACGAUAUAGCAUUUAGCAUAACCGUGUUUAGAGGGACCAGUUACAAAGCAUCGUUAUGACGUCAUGUAGAUUCAAAUGCAUAUUUCCGUGUUUCUGUAGUGCAUCGACGGUUGAAUAUUACAAAUCUGCUGGAUUUCAAAUGUAAGAUUCACAAUCUUGACUUGGCGAAUGCAAGUUGCCCAACAGAACGUUUGUUCAGCGGAGGAGAACAGACACUACGCAGUAGGGAUGCGCGAUGAUAUCGGAAUCGUAUCGGCAUUUACAGGUAUUUAUUGACUCCAGAAGAGCAGAACUUUCAGGCGACGCUGGGUUACUGCGCUAAAAUAUGUUUUUUAUUCAUUUUACUGCAUUUUUAACCCCCUACAAAUAAAUAUUAUAUUUCUCUGUGAUUUAUAAUCCAGCUGGAUCUUAUAAGUAAUCAUUUAUGUAUCAGCAGAUAAAAAGCAGGGGCCAUAUUACAGAAGCUUCAUACCUUUUUGUUUUAAGAUCUGACAGGUCAAGGUAAGAUUUUUCACAAAUUCAUAUUACAGAAGCAAGUCUGAUCUUAAUUUUAGAAUCUUAUCUUACAGCAUCUUAUCUCAAGUUCACAAAUCUUAACUCACUCAAUCGAAGUCGACAAUCAACUGUUACCUAGCAACCGACCAUACACUAACACGCAGCUGAAACGUAAACACGUCAUCAAAGUAAUCAAGCUAGUUAGCCGGAUAGCUAACGUUAUCUACCGUUACUGAUGUACAAAAAAGGUCAAACGAAACUAAAGUGUGAUACUGUGAGUUGUGAAUACUGAGAGAGCGCCCCCUGCUGUUUAUCAGAGCGUCGCCGCUCCCCAGUUUCAGUCUCCAUUUCCCAAACGCUUUAGCCGAGCGCGCUAACGUUACUCCUCCUAAUAAACAGACACACGUUCAGCUCCG